AUGGCCUUCCACGUUUCAGACGUUCCCCUUCUCACUAUCCCCUGCUCUCACCCUUCCUCCCGCCCCGGCUGCCCCCAGGCCCGACGAGCCGUCUCGCCCCCAACCUACGCAGUUAAAUUCUCCAGCCUCGGUGGCAUUUCUCAUCCCACUGCCUACUCUCCUUCCAUUUUUUUUCCCCCUUCCCUCAUGGCCGCUCCGAUCCACAACCCUGACGACGAGAUGGCCCUCGUUGACGAGGACCUUCAGCUCGAUGGCGAGGAACUUCACCUUGAUGAGCUCCCCGCCAUCUCCCUUGCUCAUCCCCCCGCAGCUGAUGAGCCCCCGGCGGCCAAAACGUUGUGCGUCGAAGGCCCUCCACCCGUGCCCGUCCCUUCGGCGCCGUCCCGCGGUGUCAUGGCGGUUUUUGCUCCUGCCCUGACCAGCGCCGCCUCGGGUGCCCCCUUGGGCGCCUCUUCCCCCGCGUUCACUGCCCCUGCUCCGCCCCCUGCCUUGCGCAGGCCUGCCAGUCCGAUCUCCCCUCGCCUUGGCGCCGCUCUCGGAGUCGGCGCCAUCUUGACGGCCCACGCUCCUGGUCCUGCGCCUCCCCGCACCCUUCGCCGUCCGAGGCCCGGCCCGGUCAUGACCCGCCGCCGUCUUGCAGUGGUCACGCUCCUUCUGCCCGAGAGGGGAGCAGAUGCCAUCCGCGCGGAUCUCAUCGCCCGCAUCACCGCCAUGCUGAAACCGAUUUCUUCCGCCGCGGCUCUGUCCCGGAAUCGCAACCCGGGCUUCACGGCUGCCAAAGCAGGGGGUGCCGCCACGCUGUCGCUCCGGAACAUUCCCCCGGGGUACACCCCGGAGGACGUCCGCGAUUUCCUGCUGCACGGUGCGGACCCGUCCGAGCCGGCUUGGCUCGCGGAUCUGCAGUUCUUUCACCGUACCACCGACCCCUACGAGGAGGUCUUCCUCCCUGUCUUCACUGGCAUCCCUCUCCCCCUCCGGAUGACCCGUCCUUAUCCCGCAUCCCUGCUGUCAUCCCGUUUGAGGAUGACUCCCCUCUCGCCCUGCUCAACAUUUCCACCCACGUCUGCGCUUACUGAGGAGGAGGAGGAGGAGGAGGAGGAGGAGGAGGAGGAGGAGGAGGAGGAGGAGGAGGAGGGGACAGGCAACCCUAAACUGCAGGUGCAGGCACAGCGGAGGGUGUUAUUGCAGGCACGAGCAACAGCGGCACGGGCGCGGCAAGCACAGGUGCAUGUGCAGCAGGUGCGAGCGGCGGCGGCUAGGGCGCGGCAGGCGCGGGCGGCGGUGGCACAGGCAAGGCAGGCACGGUUGCGGCAGGUGCAGGGGCGUGCUUAG